AUCUUAAAAUACUUAUGCAAAUUUCAACUACUGGCAGCGCCGGAAGCCGGUUUAAAAUUUAUUUGCAACAGUGUUUCGUGCCUUAAUAUUUUGUUUGGUGCCCGUUUACACAAUUUAUUUGCACUGGAGGUUAUUUAAAAAAUCGUGAAUAUAAUGGCUGCUACACCAUCACCUUGUGACUCUAGCGCUAGUGCAAGUAAUAAAAAAUGGAAUAAUUUGCGUAAUAUUCUGGAACGUGAUGGACCUUUCUGUAAAACUGAUUUCACGCCAUCACCAGACAUUCUGGAUUUUUUACAAAACACUGCCAAGAUAUUAGUGAUUGGUGCUGGCGGUUUGGGUUGUGAAUUACUCAAAGAUUUAGCUAUGAUGGGUUUCGGAGACCUACAUGUGAUUGAUAUGGAUACUAUUGAAUUGUCCAAUUUGAACCGUCAGUUUCUUUUUAGACGAUGCGACAUUGGUUCGCCCAAAGCAGAAUGUGCAGCUAGAUUCAUUAAUCAGCGCAUAAACACUUGCAGUGUAACACCGUAUUUCGCGAAAAUACAAGAUUUCGAUGAUUUGUUUUACACGCAAUUUCAUGUGAUUGUCUGCGGCUUGGAUUCUAUAGUUGCUCGUCGUUGGAUUAAUAGUAUGAUUAACAGUUUGGUAACGUAUCAAGAAGAUGGUAAUGUAGAUCCUCAAAGCGUUAUACCUUUGAUUGAUGGCGGUACUGAAGGUUUCAAAGGAAAUGUACGUGUAAUAUUGCCUAGUCUCACCGCGUGCGUGGAAUGCACAUUAGAUUUGUUUCCACCACAAGUUACUUAUCCAUUAUGCACUAUAGCUAGCAAACCGCGUUUACCCGAGCAUUGUGUAGAAUAUGUCAAAAUUAUACAAUGGGAUAAAGAAAAUCCUUUUAGCUGUGCUUUAGACGGCGACGACCCUCAACAUAUCAGUUGGGUUUAUGAAAAAGCUCUUGAUAGGGCCAAUAAACACAACAUUACUGGUGUAACGUAUCGCUUGGUCCAAGGUGUCGUUAAGAAUAUUAUACCAGCCGUCGCUAGUACAAAUGCUGCUAUAGCUGCAGCCUGCGCAAAUGAAGUAUUUAAAAUGGCAUCCAACUGUUACGAAUGCAUGUCUAACUUUAUGAAUUUUAAUGAUUUGAACGGCAUUUAUACGUACACUUAUGCUGCAGAGAAAAAUGAAGAGUGUUUAGUUUGCAGCAACGCCCCGCAAGCUUUGAACGUUGGCAAUCCCUAUACCACUACGCUGGACGAUGUAAUACAUAUGUUAUGCGAGAGUCCUAAAUAUCAAAUGAAAAAUCCAGGCAUUACCACCAUUAUGUAUGGGAAGAAUAAAACACUUCACAUGUCUUCAGUUGGCAGUAUCGCAGAGCGUACACGCGCUAAUCUAACUAUGUCUUUAUACCAAUUAGGCCUCAGGGACGGUCAACAACUGAUGGUAAGCGAUGCGACCUCACCUCGCACCAUAACAAUGCAAUUAAAAUAUAAUCUCGUUGAUGUAGAAAUGAAUUAAAAAUAUCUUGUUUUCUUUU